AUGAAUUUAGAAUGUAUUAAAGAUGAUCCAUCAACAAUAACAUUAAAUGAUUGUUUAGCAUGUACUGGUUGUAUAGAAAAUGAUGAAUUAGAAAGAUUUAAAUCAGAUAUAAACAGUUUAAAUAGAAAAGAUCGUUAUUCUUUCAUAAUAUCACCAUAUUCUAAAAUCUCUAUUUAUAAUCAACUUACACAAAAAAUAAAAAAAAUAACUAAUUUUAAAGAAUUUGAGAUUUAUCUAAUUAACUUUAUAAAAAUAUUCUUUAAUACAGAUAAAAUCAUAGAUUAUUCUUAUUUUUAUAAACCAGAAGAUAAUAAUAUUUCAUCAGAAUGUCCAGCCGUGGUUCUGUAUAUAGAAAGACAAUACCCAAAAGUAUUAAAAUAUCUUAAUACAAACAAAACAUAUCAACAAAUGGCAGCAGAUUUUUUAAUGAAAGUGAACGAUCAAAACACAAAAGUAGUUUCAAUAAUACAAUGUUAUGAUAAAAAGGAUGAAUUUUACAGAGAUAAUACAAAAAUUGAUUUAUUAGUUGGAACUAAUGAAUUUUAUACUAAAAUUGAAAAAGAAUUGAUAGAUUUUAUAAAUACACGUAAUUUAAACAAUCUGAGUAUAAAAAAUGAAGAAAAAUCAUAUAAUUACAGUGGGAAUAAAGAAAUGAUCAGUGGGAAAGUAAAUGUAUUAAAUUUUUUAAUAAAUCAAAAUAAAAACAUAACUCAAAAUAAAUUAAAUACCUAUUAUAGACUAAGAAUUUGUGAAAAUGGAUGUAUAAAUGGUCCUUUACAAUUAAAAGAAAACAAAGUGGAUGAAUAUAAAAUAAGAGAAGAACUAACAUCAGUUGAGAAAAUCAAUUUUACAUUUAACAAACGUAUUUUUAAAAAAGUAAAGAAAAGAGAUUUCAAUAUAAAAUGGUGA